CAUCCCACCACAUACCGAAUCGAUUAGUUCCUUAAGCACAAUAACAAGUCCACCCCACAACUUCAGCAUACACACAUAACACCAUGUCUCAGGUCCGCAAUGGCUGGCCCGGCGGCCAUCUGCCAACUUCACCCUGGCAGAGCUGGCCAGGAGCGGGUCUUCCAAAGAUCUUUCAUCCACCCGGCACCGUCUACGUCGGCCACGACCGCGUCCCUCAAUAUCCAGGUAGAACCACCUGCAGCAUGUUAGGCGAGCUGGACCCUCACUUUCCCAUGACCUGGGAGUUUCUCGCACUCGUUAUCGUAGCGUUUUUCCUCUACAUCGUCUGGCCGCUGUACGUACUCAGGCACUUGAUCCGCAAGUCCGUCUAUGGCGGCGACGACAUCUUCCAGACCAAUCACGACGCCUACAAGGCCAAGAUGAACGCGAUGGGCAAGGGCAGAGACGAGAUGUCGGAGGAUUGAGGUGAUGAUGAGCUGACUGCCACUAGGGCUAGCUAUGGUAAUCAAAUGAAAACAGGUAUAACGUAGAAAUGCAAA